AUGAUUGAGAAUAUUUAUGUAUAUGUGGAACUAUUUCCAAAAUGCCAAGAGGCUAUGGAGGAGAGUGUACAGAGCAAGGAAAAUCAUCAUGAUUUUUACUGUAAAAAAGUAUAUAUAAAUUCCGAUGAUAUAAAAACUUAUUUUGAUGAAGAAUGCCCGAAAUUUUUUUCUUAUUUAAAUAAAAUAGAUGCUAUAUCAUUUAGUAAGCCUAACUUAAAGUGGGCAGCCUGUAUAUACAUGUAUUAUUGGAUAUUUCAUGAACUGUUGAAGGGUAAUGAAAAAGGUUCUAAUUCUAAAAUACUAUAUGAAAACUUUAUAAAGGCAUUUAAUGAAAUGGACAUUGAAAAGUUUAAUAAUUUUAUAAGAAUUGUUAUUACAGAAAAUGAACUAGAAUAUCUCAAAAAUAUAUAUGAUAUGAAUAAAGAACUUGACGACAUAGUGAAUACCACAAAGAAAUCCUGUAUUGAUAAAUGUAACUCUGCCAAAAAAUGUUCUCAUUUAUAUAUGCAGCACAAAAAUUCGUGUACACAUAACAAUAACAAAGAUUUUUGUAAUGCACUAGAGAAAAUUAGAGAUCGAUAUAAUACACAAAUGAAAAGUAUGUCUUGUGGCGAUGAUACACCGAAAUGGUUGCCUUCUUUCCAACAAUUUAACUCAAUCAUAGUAAUCAUAACUACAAUUGUUAUAAUAGUAGUAAUAUUCAUUUCCAUAAUUAUUUUGUAUAAAGUUAGUUAUGAUAUAC